AUGGGAAAGAUCACCUUCUAUGAGGACCGGGGCUUCCAGGGCCGCUGCUAUGAGUGCAACAGCGACUGCCCCAACCUGCAGCUCUACUUCAGCCGCUGCAACUCCAUCCGGGUGGACAGUGGUUGCUGGAUACUCUAUGAGCGCCCCAACUACCAGGGGCACCAGUACUUGCUGCGCCGGGGCGAGUACCCCGACUACCAGCAGUGGAUGGGCGUCAAUGACUCAAUCCGCUCCUGCCACCUCAUCCCUCCGCACGCCGGCACUUACAGAAUGAAGAUAUACGAGAGAGAGGAAUUCAGAGGACAAAUGACAGAGGUCACAGAUGACUGUCCCUCUCUUCAGGACCGCUUCCACCUCAAUGAAAUCCACUCCCUCAAUGUGCUGGAGGGCUGCUGGGUCCUCUAUGAGCUGCCCAACUACCGGGGGCGGCAAUACCUGCUGAGGCCAGGGGAGUACAGGAGAUAUCUUGACUGGGGGGCGGUGAAUGCCAAAGUUGGUUCUUUCAGACGAAUUAUGGAUGUUUACUGAAAUGUUUGCAUUUUCCAUUUUUCUCUUUUAGAAUCUAUUAAAACAUUUAGCUUAUGUUUCUGGCACUAAUAGAGUCCUGUCUUUCUUGCAAUCUGUUGAGCACUCAAAAGCAAUAAUGGCAUUUGGUCGGCAUUUGGUCAAACACAAGAACACGUGUUUUCAAGAUGAAAAGCAACUUCUUAUGAAGAAUAUUAUUUCCAGUUUUUUUUUU